CCCGCUAGGGGCAAGCAGAAAAAAACCCGCGAAAAUAUCGUCGUGCGCAGAAGAAGACGCUUCCUACGUCACACGCAGCGACUGACGCACACCGGAGAACUGCAGGAAGGAUGUCCUGUAACACCAGUGUUACCCGUGUUCACGUAUCACCAGUGGGCCAGGCACCGCGAGCGCCAGUCCACCUACUGCCCUGCGAGAUUGAGCACAACGGGCCGGCUCAGGUCUCACAGUUCUUCAUCGCAACCACUAAAGACCGCAAAUAUGAGAAAACGGUGUCAUUCAGAGGACGUGGGCUGAAGGGGCAGGAGCUCAGCUGUCCACAGGGCUACACCGGCCUGGUGCUGAAGGAGAUCAACAAGCCUGGCUCUGACCAGGAGGACAGGACGUUGAAGGUGUCCUCUGUGUUCGACAAGCUUACUUACUGGAACCUGGAGACUCCUCCAAAUUCUGACGACACCAUUGUGAUGGCGAUGGAUUGGCCUGAGCUAGCUGAAGCAAUCCACGUGCCAGUUGAAGACUGAAGAGAGAGACAAACCUUCCUGCUCAGAGAAGGCCAGUCGGUAACACCUCAGCGUGUGAGAGAUAAAUGUACAGUUUGCUGGUUACUGGCCACAGUCAGUGAUGAGACUAAACACAUGCUAUCCAGUGUGGUGUUCCUGUUUCAGAGCAAUAAGUUACAGGUGUGAUGUUCAUAUUUUUGUACAUGUUCUUUCGUAGUGAAAAUAAAAAAUGUUGAUGGACCAA